CAAAUUCUCAAUGAAAGCAAUAUCUUUGCCCAACCAAAUCUUUUCCGGUACCAACAACCACCGCCGUUCACAGACGGCAGUUUUUGGUUGGGCGGCUAAAUCCUACGUCGUCAAAGCAAGAAGAGGGACGAAUGAUGGAGGGAACCUUGUGGACGAAAACAUGAUUGUGUUAAGAAUGCGAAUAAAGGAGUUGGAGAUAGAGGAGAGGGGUGGUUUGGGGCCGCAAGCGGAUAAGUGGAUGGAGUGGGAGAAGAAGUAUUAUGGGAGUUAUAUUAGAGAUGUAUGUGAAGCCAUGAUGAUGUUACAAAUGUGUUUGAUGAACACUAGACCAAGUUUGGCUCUUGGGACAUUGACACUUUUAAUGUUGAGUGUGCCUUUAUUCACUAGUGUUGUUAUUUACAAUUUCAUAAGUUGGUUCAAUUCGCUUUUGUAACUUGCAAUCAAUCUCAUCUAAAACUUGGAAUCUUAUGUGUAGACAAGAAGUGACAAAAUGUUGGGUGACACAUAUAGUUCAUGUAUUUUGUUUUCUUCCUUUGAUAAUUUAAAAAUAUGAACAAAAAAUGGAGCUAAAAUUGCUAUAUUAUAUAAACUAUGGGCGA